AUGGCCUCCCGUCAGCGUCACACCACUCGCAGUAGCAGCAGCAGCAACGGCCAGGAUCAGCAAGCGGCCCAAGACUCUGACGCUGAACAAGACGCGGCUUCGCACCGCCAUCAGGCCGACGACGACGACCAAGACGACGAGGAUGACGGUACAACGACCAGCGGCGGCGUCCUGCCAUGGCCCGCCAUCACACCACCAUUCUUCUACAUUCCACCGCCUUACGCGGACCUCCCGGAGCUCCAUUUCCCCUUCGGUCCUUUCGGGUCGUUCAUGGAUGACCAGGGCACCGUAUUUGACCCUUCCAGUUGUCCUCUCGGUGAAUUCGCAGGGCCGGUCGACUUUCACUUACAAGACGAGUCCGUCUACCAUGAGCACGACGUGGACGUGAUGCGGCAACUCGAGUACGCCAGGUACUUGCAGGCUUCUCCAUUCUGGGAUUAUCCUUCUGAACCCGCUGACGACGAGGCGGGCACCGGUGAGCCUCACGUGGCGACCGUGGAAGACGACGCGUCCCCACACGUCGUCAGUGCAGAGGGUUGCGGAGACGCGCAGCUGGAUCCUCUGGUCGAGGCAAGCCUCUGGGGGGAGCUCCAAGAAGUCUACUAUGGGCCGGUGGUCACCAACUACGGCACGGUGUCCGUCAUCCUGAGACACUGCAUCCGCGUCGACAUUACAGUAGACAGAGCUGUCCGAGUAGUGAACUUUGAGAGGCACUGCACAGCUGCCAUCAGCAGCUGGGGGGACCGCAGUUGCGUGUGCCAUCCGUGCGGCAGGGUGCUCCAAGAAGGAUUCACAGUGGACAUGGCCACAGGAGACAGGUUGGCCAAAAUUUCGGGUAGGGGCGUCACGUUCACAGCCUUAAACCACGGUCUUGUUUACUUGGUGGAUGCCUCGGGGACCAAGUCGACGACGGAAAGGUUCCAAAACCUUUGCUACGACCUACCCAUGAACGUGUUUUACUUCAACUCUGAACAGGGCAUGGAUACCUUCAACGAGUGCUUCCAAGUCGUAAGUCAAGCGAGGCAGAGAACCACUCGUGGAGGGGACGAGAUCUGGAUCGUGGCAGGAGUGCGCAUCAAGCAGACACCCUGGGGCGACGUCCAGGUGUCUCGUGACUCGGGACGACGGGUCAUCUGGACCUCACCGACGGCCGGCACCAUCUCUGUCACCACGCCGUUUGUGAAGAUGGCCAUCAGCUGCGAUCCGUGCAAGUACUUCUUUGUCAGGAUGGGCCAGAAGAGGCUGAGCGCCAACGUGGAAGGUUUUACAGUUCGUAACGGAAGCCAGAGGGCCGGCUUCGACGGCCGAGGUCGCCUCACUCUUCCUUAG